GCGUGUGUGGGCGGCUCUCGAGUGCCGCCGCGCGCGCCCCCGCGAGUAAAUAGCCGGUCUCGCGGCUGCGGAAGGUCGCGGCGCGGACGAGGUGGCUGCGAGCCCCGCGAUGGCUCCGGGCAGCGGGCUCCUUCUCUGCGCCCCCCUGGCGCUACAGCUGCUGGCAAUGGCCCCGGACAGCGCCUCCCCGGCUGCUGCGUCCGAGGGAGCUUGUCUUCAAUAUACAAACAAAACUUGUGAAGAGUGCCUGAAAAAUGUCUCAUGUCUCUGGUGCAGCAGCAACAAGAAAUGCAUGGAUUAUCCAGUUAAAAACCUUUUCCCUCCUCGCUCUCUCUGUGAGUUGAGUUCUGCACGCUGGGGAGUCUGCUGGGUGAACUUUGAAGCCUUGAUCAUCACAAUGUCUGUGGUAGGAGGAGUGGUCCUUGUUGCUCUCUGCAUCUGCUGCUACUGCUGUUGCAGAAAAAAGAAGAGCAAAAAGCCAGACAAAGAGGAUGAAAAAGCUGCCAGAGAGAGGGAACAGAGGAGAGUACGGCAAGAAGAGAGGAGAGCUGAGAUGAAAUCUCGACAUGAUGAAAUCCGGAAAAAAUAUGGCUUGUUUAAGGAAGAGAACCCUUACGCCAAAUUCGAAAACUAACUGGUCUCCCUAGAAGUGCCACGCAACACCAAAGCUCCUCUACCUUUGCUGACUGGAGCUUUACAGUAUAGGCUUAGAGACUUUACAUUCCAAACACCAAAAAAAUAAAAUUACUGAGAUGCUGCGGUAACCUUAAAUUGCCAAAGACUGUCAUGUGCUUCAGUAGAAAGCUUUGUGCUAUCUUGGGACAGAGCCUACUGUAAUCCCAAUGAGCUAUUGCAAGCAGUGAGACUGAACCAGAAAGUUCCUGACUUUACCUCAAGACAUUCUAACACAGCUCAACAGACUGUGCAGCAUUGUCUGGGAGUCCAUUUUAAAUCUUUGCUAUUUCUGUUGUCUGACUUGCCAGAUGCUUUGUAAUGCAAUGGCUUCAAAGAACAGCUCAUUGAACCAGUCUUGCCCUUCUGCCCUACUCCUUUUCACCAAAUAAAGUAAAGCUUUAAAUCUGAAGGCAGGGCAGGACCGGGGAGGGAGGGGAUAGUUUGGUCCUACAUAAGGUAUAGCAGCAAUUCAGAAUAUCAGGGUAGAUGAUGAUCUAAGAAGUCAUCUUUUAUUCAAGGCCUUAACUGUGUCACUUGAAGUGCCUGUACAGUUGUGUGUUACUCAGCAAUUCUUUCAACUUGUGUAAGUUGUUUUUUUAAUUCUUCUGAGGAGGGGGGAAGGGAGUUUAGUCUUAUUUGCACUUCUCAAUGAGUAGAUGCUCAUUCUCCUUUCAGAAUUCAUUUUGUUUAAAAGUCUAUCCUACCUCUGCUCUGUGCCUUUCUAUAACUUCUCCUAUAAUAAAGUAAUUCAAGACUGAUACUUUGUAACAAUAUAAGACUUAAAUGUAAUGCUAUAUAAUUUUAUCUAAUGGAUCAAAAUACGACUGUAAAGCUUCAGCGAUAUUGAUUUAAUUACUCUAAGCCUGAUUGACUGACUUUUGCUUCAGUGCAAAGUAUAAUUUGUUUUCAAUAAUGUGUUGGCAAACCCAUGCUGUAGCUGACGCAGCAUAUAAUCUCUAAAAGAAUGUUCUAAUAACCAAACGGUCAGAAGUAUGAAAAGGCUUUCAUACAGCAGAAGCAACUGUGAAGCCUUUUGGUUGAGCUGCAUUGUGGCCUAUAUGCUUUGCAUUUAAUAUAAUCUGCUGUCCUUGCACGUGUAAGUGCAGUAGCCAGCUUUUCGGGUAGUUCUGCAUUGUCCUAGGCUCAGCAGCCUGGAAUGUUGCCUGGUGUCUUAGGGCUUGAGCCAAGGUACUAUGAAUAAUUACUAAUCUAUGUGUUGAAAGUGCCAUAGAGAAGUGGAAAGAUGGGAUGAAAACAGCUUAUAGGAGAUGGGUUUGUCUUCUAUGAAACACUCAAAAUAUAUCAAAUAACUGACAACAUUGAGAGCAGAAAACUGGAAGCAGUUGCUGUUUUUUUUCUGUGAGACACUUCUGAACAGGUGAGGCAGCUUGAUUUUUGAAAUGUUUGUUAGUGUUUUGAGCACAUGAAACAAAAACAAAUAGUGGUAACUUUCAUUGUUACAUUCCAGAUGAUCUCAGAAUUUUCUCAAGUUGGGGCCAAGUGUCUGUCAAUAUACAAACCAGUCAUAAACAUUUUGAAUGUUGAAAUAUCAA